GUCCAAGCUGUCGCGGUGACUUGGCCCUGGAACCCGACUAGGCCACCGUACCCGUCAGACGCCCCAGUUCUGAGUCGUCCAACGCGUCUCACUCGGUUCUUGCGGUCUGCUCGGCCCUGGCGGUAGCAGUUGCUCUCUUGUCUCCCAGCCGCAGUGAGGAUUCGCGAGACGCUAUUUGAUCCUCAGCGUGCUUACCGGUGUCUCGCUCGGCUACCUUUGGAGUCUUUCACUAGAUGUCUCCACCACCCACCGGCACCUGCUGACCUACACUCCAGGGAGGCGUUCGGUCUUAAUUCCUCCUUUGCCCUUGUGCUAUCUUCUGGGCCUCCACAGAUUGAACAAUCUGAUAUAUUUCAGGCACCAGUAUACCUGGUUGCUUUAUGGUCCUUUUUAUACAGACUCUGUAAAUACUUUUUCUAACCACCCAGUUUGAAUUUUCACCUGAACCUAGUUGACAUGGCCGUGACCUCCUCUCCUGGACUAGAGAAUCCCUGUUCACUUAGACCCAGUGCAAGUGUCUCUUUUCCUGUGAAACUUCUCUGACCCAUUCAAUCAUUGUUGCUUACUUUCCCCACUUGUGCCCUCACACAGUCAAGUGCAUAGCUCUUAUAUAAUUCUUGAUCCACAUUUGUCUUCCGUACUAGACCAAAUUCCUUAAUGGCUCAGGAAUAUUUUCUUUUAUCCAUGCACUCCCAGUUCCUGGCAUGUAGUGCAUGUUCAACAAAUUAUUAAGUGACCGAAUGUAACUACUCUCACCUCCCUGUCUUCACUAACUGGAAGAGCCCUCUUUCGAGUCUCAAUCAGUGUUCGAAAUCCCAUUCUUUCAAUUACUCUGUGUGUGUAUUUAUUUUCCCUGCCCCAUUCCUGUCAGCUAAAAUAUAUUUUAGCUAAAUAUCCUAAAUUCUCCCUGACUGUCUUCUACCUGCUACCCUGGCUUUUUCCUUUACAGCCAAGCCCCCCAAAAGCGAAGUCUACAAAUUCUGUCCAUUUGUUCAUUUCCCAUUCAUUGUUUAAUCCACUGUAAUCUAGCCCUCAGCUACACUACUUCAUUGAAAUUGCUCUUUUUCGAAGCAUCAAUUAAACAAAUACCAGUUGAAUGGACUCUUCCUAUUCCUCAUACCACUUCUCUCUGUUGUACUUUACCUCUUUCACUUCUUUAUAGAAAUUCUUGCCUUCUUCUUGUCUCUCUGGCCACUUCACAGCCUUUUCAGGUUCUUCUAAUUUUAUGCACCAUUCAAGUAGUGAUAUUUUUCACCCUCCGGUUCUUGCUCUUUAUCUUUUCACAAUACACAGUCUUCUUGGGUGAAUUUAAUUUGGGUGGCUUCAAUUCACAAUGUUAUUGCUGAGCUCCACACUCAUGUGUUUACUUAAUUUCUGAUUAUUAUUCCUUGGACAUUCUACAGACAAACUAGGUAAACAUAUUCAAAGACUUCAAUUUUCCUUUCUCACCGGUGCCUUCUCCUUUAUACUGUAUCUUGGUGAGUGGUGCUCAUGUCCACUUAAAUAGUGAUGUCAUGGACACCUGAAAAUUGUUCCCGAGCCUUCUUUUCCUCUAAUACACUGUCACCAUAUCUGUUUGUUCUCUAUCUCAGAUCUGCUUCCUCCUUUCAAGCCCCCAUGGCACUGCCUUCAUUAAGACCCUCAUCAUGUCUCUUAUCCUGAGUUCAGCAUCCUCCUGUGGCACCCUGCCUGCAUUCUAACCCUCCUCCAGUCCCUUCAUCCUUCACACCUCUGCCAGGUUAAUCUUCCCAAAACAUAACUUUCAUCCUUUCACUUACUUGAUCAAAAAGUUGGGUAGCUCCCUAUUACCUACAGAAAGGCCUAUGUGCCUUUCCAAACCAACCUCAGCUUUUCCUCUUAUACCAGCUUUCUGCUGUAGCCAAACUUGCUACAUACAUUCUACCUUUUUGCCUGUGCUGGUGCCAUUUCUCAUGCCUAUACUGCUCAUCUUAUUCCUGAACAGAUAUCCUGAAUCUCCCUCAACGUUUAGGGCCCACCUUAUAUUCUGCUUCUUCCCAGAACACUCCAGUCCAGAGUGAUAAUAACCAAAUACACCUUGCAAUCUUACAAAUUGCUUCUGCCUGAGAGGUCAACACUACCAGCUCCAUUUUAUGAAUGAGAAUGAAAGAAUUGAGGCACAGAAGUUUGAAUGACUUACCGGUGGCUACAGAGCUGCCAAGAUACAGAGCCUGGGCCUACCUAGCCUUUAGUCUUCUCUUUCCAGAUCUGUUUUUACCUCAGUGACCACUCCCUCUCUGACCUCACAGCAUUAUGGUCUUCAUCACUCCUUCAGUCCUCAAUCACAUACUGCCUGUGGCCAGCAGAAACAGGGGUCUUGAGAGUCGGGGGCAAGGUCUAAGAAGAGAUCACCCUGUAUUUGACAUUGAAGUUGGCCAGAAAGUGCACAAGGGAUGAACCGAGCUACCUGGAAACUACCCUUGGGAACAUGGUCUGUGAAUGGAGAGCUCAUCUCCUGUCCUGGGUAUAAGCAAGUGGACCUCACCAGGGAUGUAACUGAGCAUUUUUUUCUGCAGUGCUUUUCUACUGGGCAAUCCAAGAUGGCCAGGAACUGCUCCGAGUGCAAGGAGAAGAGGGCAGCACACAUCCUCUGCACCUACUGCAACCGCUGGCUGUGCAGCUCCUGCACGGAGGAGCACCGGCACGGCCCAGCCCCCGGGGGCCCUCUCUUUCCCCGGGCCCAGAAGGGCCCUCCAGGAGUGACUGGUGGUUCUGGGGACUUCGCCUUGUACUGUCCUCUACACACACAAGAAGUGCUCAAGCUAUUCUGUGAGACUUGUGAUGUUCUAACAUGCCAUAGCUGCCUCAUGGUGGAACACAAAGAACAUAGGUGUAGACAUCUUGAAGAAGUUUUGCAAAACCAGAGGAUGCUUCUGGAAAGUGUGACUACACAGGUGGCUCAUAAGAAAUCUAAUCUACAGACCUCUGCAAAGCAAAUUGAGGACAGGAUUUUUGAAGUGAAGCAUCAACACAGGAAGGUGGAAAACCAGAUCAAAAUGGCCAAGAUGGUUCUGAUGAAUGAGCUGAACAAACAGGCCAAUGGGCUCAUAGAGGAGUUGGAGGGCAUUACUAAUGAGAGAAAGCGGAAGCUGGAGCAACAGCUACAGAGCAUCAUGGUUCUCAACCGCCAGUUUGAACAUGUGCAGAACUUCAUCAAUUGGGCUGUCUGCAGCAAAACCAGUGUCCCUUUCCUGUUCAGCAAAGAGCUGAUUGUGUUUCAGAUGCAGCGAUUGCUGGAGACAAACUGUAACACAGAUCCUGGCUCCCCUUGGAGUAUCAGAUUCACCUGGGAGCCUAACUUCUGGACCAAGCAACUGGCUUCCCUUGGCUGUAUAACUACUGAAGGUGGACAUCUGUCCCGGGCAGAGACUCCUGCUUAUGGAGGCUUACAGGGACCGCCAUCCUUUUAUCAAAGCCAUCAGUCCCCAGUGGCACAGCAAGAGACUCUCAGCCACCCCUCACAUAAGUUCCAGUCUCCAGCACUGUGUUCCUCAUCUGUGUGCUGCUCCCACUGCUCCCCAGUCUCGCCCUCCCUCAAAGGUCAGGUCCCCCCACCUGGGGUACACUCAGCUCACAGCUUCAGGCAACCCUCUGAGAUGGCACCCCAACAACUGGGGUCUCUUCAGUGCCCUGCCCUGCUGCCCAGGGAGAAAGAGCUGGCUUGUAAUCCUCAGCCACCAAAACUGAUGCAGCCCUGGCUGGAAACGCAGCCCCCCGUGGAGCAGGAGAACUCGUCUCAGCGGCCGGGGCAGCAGCUGACUUCCCAGCCAGUGUGCAUCGUGCCCCCGCAGGAUGUUCAGCAAGGAGCCCAUGCCCAGCCCCCCUUACAGACCCCCUCCAUCCAAGUCCAGUUUGGCCACCACCAGAAGCUGAAGCUCAGCCACUUUCAGCAGCAGCCACAGCAGCAGCUGCCACCUCUGCCGCCUCCGCCGCCCCCACCCCAGCAGCCGCCACCGCCACCUCUACCUCCAUCCCAGCACCUGGCUUCUAGUCAGCAUGGAAGCCCGCCUGGGCCUGCCUGCUCCCAGAACAUGGAUAUAAUGCACCACAAAUUUGAGCUGGAGGAGAUGCAGAAGGACCUGGAGCUUCUCCUUCAGGCUCAGCAGCCCAGCCUGCAGCUGAAUCAGACCAAAUCUCCUCAGCACCUUCAGCAAACCAUUGUGGGGCAGAUCAACUACAUUGUGAGGCAGCCAGCACCCAUCCAGUCCCAGAGCCAGGAGGAUGCCGUGCAGGCUUCAGAUGAGCCCCCAGCAUCUGAAGGUCCAAAGCCGGCUCUCCCUCUUGACAAGAAUACUGCUGCUAACUUGCCCCAGGCGUCUGGGGAAGAAACCCCUCCCAGUGUCCCCCCACUGGACAACACCAUCCAGCACUCCUCUCCAAAUGUGGUGAGAAAGCACUCCACUUCGGUGAGCAUCAUGGGCUUUUCCAACACACUGGAGAUGGAGCUGUCAUCUACCAGGCUGGCAAGGACCCUAGAGCCACAGAUCCAGAGCGUGAGCAGCCUGCCUGCCGCCCCUUCCCACAUGGUACCAAGCCUGCUGAGCAGCACCCCCACAACUGUGUCCAGCCUGAUGAGCAGUCAAAACCAGGCUAUGCCCAGCCUGACAGUGGGUCAUCUGCCGACCAUACCCAGCCUUGUGCGCGGCACACCCCAGUCCGUGCCCAGCCUGAUGAGUGAUUCCUCCCAGGCCAUCACAAGCCUAGCAAGUGAUCAGUCACAGGCCAGGCCCAACCUGAUGUCUGGUCCCACCCAGGCUAUGCCAAGUCUGGCGACUUGUCCUCUGCAGAGCAUGCCUCCAGCUUCUGACGUGCAACCAGAAACUGGAUCCAGCUGCAGUCCUGGCUCUGGGCGAGCUGUAGGGAGCCUGUGCCCUGGAGAUGGGGCUGACCCCUCUCUCGGGAAUGCCCUGUGUAAGAUGGAAAGUGAGGAUUCUACCCGCUUCACUGACUCUCUGAGACAAGACUCCACAACCCCUGGUCUGGAUGCUUCCAAGGACUUGGCUAUCCCUUCAGAACUAGAGGAGCCAAUUAACCUCUCUGUGAAGAAACCCCCACUGGUCCCAGUGAUCAACACGUCCAUGGCUCUGCAACAGUACCGGAACCCAAAAGAGUAUGAGAAUUUUAAACAAGGAGCCCUGGAAUUGGAUGCAAAAGGGAACCAGAGUAUCAGGCCCUUCAACAGUGAGCCUAAGAUUCCCUACGUGCGACUGGAGCGGCUCAAGAUCUGUGCUGCCUCCUCGGGAGAGAUGCCUGUGUUCAAGUUGAAGCCCCAGAAGAAUGAGCAGGAUGGGAGCUUCCUGCUGAUCAUCGAGUGUGGCACUGAGUCCUCCAGCAUGUCUAUUAAGGUCAGCCAGAACAACAUGCCUGAUGCCAUCCAGGCCCCAAGUCUGGGGGGAAGAAAGGUCACUGUCACUUCUCUGGCGGGGCAGCAGCCACCAGAGGGGGAGGGUUCAUCUCCUGAAGAACAAAGACUCAUUCCUCGGACCCCUGGAGCCAAGAAGGGGCCCCCGGUACCAAUAGAGAAUGAGGACUUCUGCGCUGUGUGCCUCAAUGGGGGAGAGUUGCUGUGCUGCGAUCGCUGCCCCAAAGUGUUCCACCUUUCCUGCCACUUGCCGGCCCUGCUCAGCUUCCCCGGGGGAGACUGGGUAUGUACCUUGUGCCGCAGCCUGACCCAGCCCGAGAUGGAGUACGACUGUGAGAAUGCCCGCUAUAAUCAGCCUGGAAUGCGGGCCACUCCUGGCCUGAGCAUCUAUGACCAGAAGAAGUGUGAAAAGCUGGUACUGUCCUUGUGCUGCCAUAGCCUCAGCCUGCCCUUCCAUGAACCUGUCAGCCCGCUGGCUCGGCAUUACUACCAGAUUAUCAAGAGGCCCAUGGACCUGUCAAUCAUUCGGAGGAAGCUGCAAAAGAAGGACCCAGCUCACUACACCACCCCAGAGGAGGUGGUGUCAGACGUCCGCCUCAUGUUCUGGAACUGUGCGAAGUUCAAUUAUCCCGACUCAGAGGUUGCAGAGGCCGGCCGCUGCCUGGAAGUGUUCUUUGAGGGCUGGUUGAAGGAGAUCUACCCGGAGAAACGGUUUGCCCAGCCAAGGCAGGAGGACUCAGACUCCGAAGAGGUGUCAAGCGAGAGUGGGUAUUCCACUCCGCAGGGUUUCCCAUGGCCCCCCUACGUGCAGGAGGGCAUCCAACCCAAGAGGCGGCGGCGACAUAUGGAGAACGAAAGAGCAAAAAGAAUGUCGUUCCGCCUGGCCAGCAGCAUCUCCCAGGUGUGAGAGCUGGCGGUACAGCGAGCACUCUGGCAGCUGGCGCCUCAUGCUGUUGACCACUCCUCCCCACCUUUCAGCUCAUUCUCUUCAGAUCGUGGAUGUGAGACAAGUCUUGUCGAGCUGUGUAGUGCUCUUUGCCGUUUGCAUCUUACAACAUUCAUUUGGGAGCCAUAGUGCAUCCACUACAGAGAAGAUUUCAGUAAUAAACAGCAAAGAGGGAGGUGUUCCCUAUUACCAGAAAAAUCAGAUGUGUGGGGUCCACUUGACAAGACCAAGUCUGGUCAGGCUUGGGAGGACUUAACUUCCUUGGUGACUGCUCUCUGCUGAGGAGAGCAGACUUUUCUCACCUUUCAGUGUGCAAGGCUCAGGAGCAAUGUAUCUAUCUGAAGUCCUCCUGGGUCCAGAAGAGGGUAAAAGAAGGGAGAGAGGUUCUGACAUAUGGCAGGCCUGUGAUCCCUGGCCCAGCACAGCCAAAGACUGUCACUGUUUGCCUUUGCUUGGCCUGCCAGGACAGGAAGCUCCCCUGGGCAGGGUGAUGGAGGCUUCCAGAGGCCAUAGGUCUCAAUUGGUGCCUAUUCGGGUUCUAAUGGUUUUCAGGGUAUUUGUUUCUCAUGCUCCCUGUCCCGAUGUUGACUUAGGUGGCCGCUAUGAAAGUGCUCUAGGUGGUAUGUAUGGCAUUCUUGACGGGGCCAGGUGGCUGUGCAGGGACCACCGACAGCUUCAGGCUCAGACGUGCAGGCUUAAGGAGAUGUCAACUUCAGAGCCUGUCCUCUGUGCCACUUACUUUGGGUUAAUAACUCUUCUUUAGUGUCAGAACCUGCGUUCCUAGAAGUGAUUGUCAGUGGCCAUCCCUUCAUUGUCUCCACUCAGAGAUCUGGAGCCCGAGUUCUGCUUGGGUAAACCUGAGAGUUGGGUUGGGCAAGGGGAGUGACCCAGAACUGGCUCGCUGUGCUAGGCUUCUCCUCUGUCGUAGAGAUCCUAGUUCUCAGCCUUUCCACGUUCGCAGAGCCAAAGAUCAGAAGUGAGUUCUCGGACUCACUCACCCCCAGGCUGUCUGCAGCCCCCAAAAAAGUCAGGACUCUACUGGCAGCCCUUUUCUGUUGGAGGUUGGAGAAGGCCAAAGGGACUGCCAGGAGCGUGGUGUAAUCAUUCAUGGGGGAAGUUCUGUCUAGGGUAGAGAAGAGGAAACUGACAGGUGAGAAGCCAGUGUCCUUCAGUGACUUUGGAGCAACUUCAUGACAUCACUUCUCCGAGAAUGCAGAAGGAAAUGUUCUGGAAGCCAUGGGAACAGGAAUUCCAGACUCUAUCUCAGAUGGAGAUGGAUCUUCAUGGUCCGUGUGGGGUGUUUGGGGAAGGCUGCAUAGGCAGAUGCUGGGGGUCAAGCUACUUCCUCAGCCAGGACUUAGUUGAGAAGGACCCUAUUGCUGAUGGUGUUGGGGGAGCUGCAGACCUGGCGCUUCAGUGGGCUGGCCCAGAGACAUCACUUUGUCGUGGCUUGGCUUUAUUUUUGCUAAAAGAUGAAAUUUAAGGAAGCUGUUGUUUGUAGGGCCUUUGUUAAGGGGAACAUUGUGCUCAGAGAAAGCUCUGCUUUCCUUGUCAGUCGGUGGUGCUGCUCAUUUCCUUUGCCACCCAGGCUGAGAGGCCAUCCUCCGCCGGCCAUUCUUUCACCAGCACCUGCCAGGCUCUCCUGCGCAGACAGGCUUCCAUAAUCCCGUUUCCCAGUUUGGGGUAACUAAGUCUUUCGUGCUUCACUAGCCAGGCAAUCUUUAGACCUAGCCCUCUGUUCUUUGGGGCUCACAUGACUCUCUGGCUUGGGCUCUGGCCACUUUCCUUUCAAUGUUUGAAUCGUUUUCUCUGUUUAGUUGACUUGGCGAGGUUCCCUCUGUAAUUACCUCAUGAAUUCAUGCUCUAGGUCAUCUUUCCUGUGUUGUGGCCCCCAUUUCCACCUUCCCUGAGUGAGAAUCAUGGUGCUUUGUGUCAGAUAGCCAGGUGAGGGCUGUGACAGUCUCAAACCUGACUGAGAUCCUUCCACAGGACCAACCGGAGACUACAAAUAUAAAGCAGAAAUGCGGGGCUAAAUGCUUAGCUCCCCUUUUAUUCGUGAAGCUCCUAGCUGGGUAUAGCCUGCUGGGCCAGGGGAUCGUAGUAACGUAGUCGAGAGUCACAUAUUCCUUUCCCACCGCAGAGACCCUGCAUGCUGAGAGGCCCACUUUCGGCACCUGAGCAGAUGUAGGGUAUCCUCCCUGCAAGGGUGCAAGGUCAUGGCCCUCCACACCACCCCUGCACUGCUUACCCCACACCAUUGCCCUCCCCCAGGCUUUUCCUGUGUACUUAGCACCAAUGUUUUGUGUCAUGGUUUUUGUUUUGUUUUGUUUUGCAUGCAGAAAACGGAACAUGACUUUUUAUAAAUUAAAGAAAAAAAAGCUGCUAGCUGAG